AUGUAUUGUUGGCCCGUAGCCAACAGAAGGUGCCUGAGUGUUGCUAUUCCUUUCAGCUCUGUUAUCGCCGCUGCUGCGCCUUCUGCCUCAACUGCGUCACUCCGUGCUUGGUCCUCCCCCCUUCAUCGCUCUGCUUCGACUCAUCCCAUCUCAGCCUCUGCGACUCGAACUGCCGCGAUCUCGACUCUAGUUUCGGGUCGCCGAUCAAGAGCUCCUUGGUGCCCGACUCCGGUACUGUUGCGGUCGUCAUCAGCUGCCGCUGGAAUUUCCGAACCCUGUGUCACCAGUCGGACACCCAACCGGUCAAUCCGGCCCCAUCUGACGUCCCCGAUCCUUCCUCCCAGACGUGGCAUCGCCCACGCAGCUAGCACCAAUAUGAACGGAGAAGCAGGCGCAAAGCGCAAGCGCAACUCAAUCACCGCCGGUGCGGAGCGGCCGGUCAAACAGCCGAAACCCGAAAAUUCAACACUGACACCCGGCGAUUCGACACCCGCCAACGGAACAGUCUACGAUGUGGAGGAUGAGGAGGAUCUGGGCCCGUUGAUGGCGAUCGGGCCUACUCAGGCGGACUCGCCGGAAUGGCAGGCUACCAUCGAAGAGGUGGUGAAGAGCGUUGUCUCUAUCCACUUCUGCCAGACUUGCUCUUUUGACACGGAUUUGUCUAUGAGCAGUCAAGCUACGGGAUUUGUGGUUGAUGCCGAGCGGGGAUAUAUCCUUACCAAUCGGCAUGUCGUCUGUCCCGGACCGUUCUGGGGCUACGUUAUUUUCGAUAACCACGAAGAGUGCGACGUUUACCCCGUAUACCGAGACCCAGUGCACGAUUUCGGUAUUCUCAAAUUCGACCCCAAAGCAAUCCGUCACAUGAAGCUCCGAGAACUCAAGCUUAAACCCGAUGCUGCUCGCGUGGGAUCGGAGAUUCGAGUCGUUGGUAACGAUGCAGGAGAGAAGCUGAGUAUCCUCUCGGGUGUCAUCAGUCGACUCGACCGGAACGCGCCCGAGUACGGCGAGGGGUACAGCGACUUCAACACCAAUUACAUCCAGGCGGCGGCUGCAGCUAGUGGUGGUAGCUCCGGCAGUCCUGUGGUUAAUAUUGACGGUCAUGCAAUCGCUCUGCAGGCGGGCGGUCGUGCAGAUGGGGCAGCAACGGACUACUUCCUCCCGCUGGACCGACCACUGCGGGCAUUGGAAUGCAUCCGCAAGGGCGAGCCUGUCACCAGAGGAACUAUUCAAACACAGUGGAUGCUCAAGCCGUUUGAUGAAUGCCGUCGACUAGGGCUGACGCCACAGUGGGAGACCGCGGUGCGCAAGGCCGCUCCUAAUGAGACGAAUAUGCUGGUUGCCGAGAUUAUCCUUCCUGAGGGACCCGCCGACGGAAAGAUUCUAGAAGGCGACGUGCUCCUGCAGGUCAAUGGAGAGCUGCUGACCCAGUUUAUCCGGCUUGACGACAUUCUGGACACCAGCGUUGGGCAAACCGUGCGUUUGCUGGUGCAGAGAGGCGGUCAAGAUGUGGAGGUUGAGUGUGAGGUGGGCGACCUGCAUGCCAUCACGCCCGAUCGCUUUGUCACCGUGGCCGGCGCAACAUUCCAUAACCUGUCGUACCAACAAGCUCGGCUGUACGCCAUUGCGACCAAAGGUGUUUACGUUUGCGAGGCGGCAGGCUCCUUCAAGCUUGAAAACACGCUUUCAGGAUGGCUGAUCGAUUCGGUUGAUAAACGAAAGACCAGGAAUUUGGACGAGUUCGUCGAGGUGAUGAAGACGAUUCCUGACCGGUCUCGGGUUGUCAUCUCUUAUCGGCAUAUUCGCGAUCUUCACACUCGGGGUACCAGCAUUGUGUAUAUCGACCGACAUUGGCACCCGAAAAUGCGACUAGCGCUCCGCAAUGACAAUACGGGUCUCUGGGAUUUCUCCGACCUGGCAGACCCUGUACCCGCCAUCGCUCCCGUCCCAAGAAAGGCCGACUUUAUCCAGCUGGAUGGCGUGAGUCAACCGGCCGCGGCGGAAAUUGUACGCAGCUUCGUACGCGUUUCUUGCACGAUGCCUCUGAAGCUAGACGGAUUUCCGCAAGCCAAGAAGACAGGAUUUGGGCUGGUAAUUGACGCUGAAAAGGGGUUGGUAGUCGUCUCGCGCGCGAUUGUGCCGUACAACCUCUGUGACAUCAACGUGACCGUGGCCGAUUCGAUUAUUGUCGCUGCCAAGGUCGUCUUCCUCCACCCGCUGCAAAACUACUGCAUUAUUCAGUACGAUCCAUCUUUAGUUCAGGCUCCGGUUCAAAGCGCGAAGCUUAGCACGGACUUCAUCAAGCAAGGACAGGAUACUAUCUUUGUUGGGUUCAACCAGAACUUCCGCAUUGUGGUGGCCAAGACCGCGGUCACGGAUAUCACGACGGUUUCCAUCCCGGCCAACGCCUCUGCCCCGCGGUACCGCGCGAUCAACUUGGAUGCUGUGACGGUGGAUACGGGCCUGAGCGGACAGUGUUCAAAUGGUGUAUUGGUUGGUGAGGACGGCGUUGUCCAAGCGCUGUGGCUGAAUUACCUCGGUGAGCGCACGCCAAGCUCGCACAAGGACGUCGAGUAUCACCUCGGAUUCGCAACGCCAUCGCUGCUGCCAGUUGUUCGCAAAAUUCAAGAGGGAGUCUUGCCAAAACUGCGGAUCCUCAACAUGGAGAGCUACGUGGUGCAGAUGAGCCAGGCCCGCAUUAUGGGUGUGUCUGAAGAGUGGAUUGAAAAGGUGGCCAAGGCCAACCCAGCCCGGCAUCAGCUGUUCAUGGUGCGCAAGGUUGACUGCCCGCCGCCAGAGUUUGACUCGGCGGCCGACAGCUUCCAGGAGGGUGAUAUCAUUUUGACGCUCAAUGGCCAGCUGAUCACGCGGGUGUCUGAGCUGGACAUUAUGUAUGAAGAGGAAGCCCUCGAAGCGCUGAUUGUACGAAAUGGUGAAGAGAUGAUGAUCAAGGUGCCGACUGUGUCGACGGAGGAUCUGGAGACAGAUCGGGCAGUCGUGUUCUGCGGCGCUGUGUUGCAGAAGCCUCACCAUGCGGUACGCCAGCAGAUUUCCAAGCUGUAUAGCGAAAUCUAUGUUAGCGCAAGGAGUCGCGGGUCUCCCGCAUCCCAAUACGGCUUGUCGCCGACCAACUUCAUCACAGCGGUCAAUGGCGUCCCAACGCCGGACCUCACCCGAUUCGUGGAGGAAGUUAAGAAGAUCCCCGACAACACAUACUUCCGAUUGCGGGCGGUGACAUUCGACAACGUUCCGUGGGUGGUUACCAUGAAGAAGAACGAUCACUACUUCCCCAUGUCCGAAUACGUCAAAGACGACUCCAAGCCCCUGGGCUGGGACUCGAUUUCACACGAUCAGAAACAUAAAGACGGUGUCGCGCCCGACGUGGCAAACCUCAACCCCGACGCGAUGGACGAGGGCUUUGAAGGCGCGAGCGAGAUAGAGCCGGAAGCUGUAUAA